AUGGGCGUACUCUACCACUUCUUUUACCGCAUUGCAUUUCUGGCCACGGCUCUGAUCCAUCUAUGGUGGAAUGACCUCUUUAAGGCGACCGCAAUUGUUGCCACGGCCUGUUUAUCAAGUCCCGGCCAGCCGCUCAUUCGGAGCAUUGUGAAACUCCACUCUCUGGUCUUGAUGUGCUUUGUGCUUGGGUUUUGCUUCAAGAGUGUUUCUGCAGCUCCAGUCCAGGAGGUGCUACAACAUGAUCCCACCGUUCUCAGCUUUGACGACAUCAAGACACUCGAUGGCUUCGGAGAUAUCCCAGCGCCAUACCAUAACCUCACAUUCGAAGGCUUCUACGCGUUCGACCCUUCUGAUCCGGCGCUGGAGGGGAAGAUAUCACCACAAGAUGUGAAUUGUGCGGCGUCAAAGCCCAACGCCCUUUACGGAACCAGGGAUAACUUCGAAUUGAAGCUUGUGGAACCUGAAAGGAAGCCAUCUCUACAGCCUAGCAACUCCAACGACACCUUCACAAUUCACCGCCUGAAGCUGAAACCUCUGAACAUGCCGCUCGGCGCUGCCAAAGUCAAUCUGCAAGGCGUGCGAAGAUGCUCUGACGGUAGCGACGGGGAAGAGGUGCUAGAUUGGAGCGUGGAUUUUCCUGCCGGAUACCACUAUGCCCUUGACGUACCAGUCAAGGAGUUCAGCGGGAAAGUGUGGGAUAAGCUCGAGACGUUGUAUAUGUGGGCAGACUUCCACUACAAUGGUCUUGAGUUGGACUGGGAGUUCUGCGUGGAUGACAUGGAAGUCGAGAUAGAUUGA